UCUACGCCCGUCAACAAUAUUUUUCCGUCUUUAUCUUUUUGUAACUAUCUUUUUUCUUUCUUUCUUUUUUUUUCUAAAAAAAAACAUCUAUCACCUAGUGAUCGGAAUACGCAUUACUUAACCUGGACCACUUAAGUGCAUAACACUACCUUGAAGAUUCAUCGCUCCAAUUUCAGUGGGAACAUUUACAGUGCCAACCAUCCCCUGUUACUCAGCUACUAUUUUUUUGAGGUAAAAAAAAUAUCUCUCGAAAGAGCGCUCGUUACUUUUCGUUUGCGUGGAAGUGUUGUUAUUUUCCUGGUAAAAAAGCAGAUGGGCUUUUAGAUUUUGUGUUUCUGUGCUUUAGACUACUUACCUGGAUUUUCUCCUCGAAGGGAAGAUGACGGGCGGGCUGGCGCGACUGUUGGCAGCCUUGAUGUCGCUGGGUAUGGCUUCGGCGCUGUGCUCGUCCAGGGACCACGAGACGAAAAUAAUCAUCGGGGCACUCCUGUCCCUUCACAACGGGGAAAACUGCACGCAGGUCGACUUGGGGGGCAUGCAGGAGAUGGCCGCCCUCGAGGGCACCAUCAAGGCAAUCCUCAAGAACAAGGCGGACGCUGUCCCUUUCGAUAUAGAACUGAAAACGUUUGACACAUGUUCAACGGAAGAGGGUGCUGUGAAAGGAGUCCUCAAGGCUUUGGUGGCCUCGAAACAAACGUGUGCUACGCCUCCGCUUUUUGCAGGUUUCAUCGGGCCGAGCGAACCGGACCAACUGAUCGCGGCCCACCAGGUCUCGGCCGUGUUCAACAUCACGCACUCUGUCCCCGUCAUGCCACCGGUUCCCCCGUUGAUCUCACCGCAGCAGUGGGCUAACUCCGUCUACGCAGUAUCGCAAAGUGCCGCCAAACAUCGUGUACAGGCUAUAAUGAAACUGCUGAAACAUCUCAACUGGAAGUCGAUAGCCAUCAUCUCCGACGAUUCAAGUGAGAGCAUUAAAAGCGUCAACAUGCUCCAAACGCAGAGCAAUCUCUGUAUCAAAACUAUUCUCAAAAUGAACGCCGGUGGCCUCUUCAACGAUAUCAUAGCUCAGAUAUCUGCGCAAGACAUUGACGGCGUGUUGGUGGUGACGGAGCGAGUAAAGCGGUUCAAUAGGCUGUUUCGAUUCCUGGAGACGAACUUGGGCACCCACGUCCACGCAAGUUUCCUCGUCUACGUUGCGCAUGUGGGCAUCGCGUCAUGGCAACUGCCUCACAGUACCAUCCUCAUGCAGGAAAUCAGCGAAAUGGACACUACCGCCAUCCUGCCGUCCUUGAACUCGACGCUGUACGCGAAAUUCGUGCAGCAGGAGCUCUCUCAGUUCCUGGCUGAUUACUGUCAGCCGGAAAUGGCAUCUCGACCUGAUUGCUCGCUCACCGUCCUCAGACACGAUCUGCUAUUCGACCUGGUGGAUUCCUCAGUGACCCCGCUGACCUAUUCACUCCAGCUGCUGACCUCGGCGUUGCGGACCGCGCACAAGAUCAAAUGCAAACGCGGUGGGUCGGACAACCCCGUGCGCGGAGUGUGUCCCGCGCUCCUGGAAAUGUCGCCGCAAGAGUGGAAGGCCUACCUCACUCAAACGACGGUUCUGUCGGAGCACUUCGAUUUCCCACGCAGAAUCAAACUCAACAUGGAUUUACCGGUCCUCGUCAAUAUUUAUGUGAAGGACGGCAACACUGAUAAACUUAUUCAGAUGGGCGAGAUCCGCGAGGACGCCGAACUGCGGGUCCUCCAAGAGAACAUCCUAACCAACCUGAAGAGCACGAAACGCCGCGGCGAGGCCUGCGACGUGCACCUGGAAGAGUGGCACCCGGCGACCUCGCCACCUCCACCGCCGCCACCCCCGACCGUAGACCCGGACUCCAUCGAGGACGUGGAGAGCAACCGCGUGGACUUCGACCUGUGGGGCCUCCUCCCGCAGAUGCGUCGCGGAGACGGCGAGGACAUCUACGAGACGGCCGUCAUGCUCAGCGCCGUCGGGCUCGGCAUGCUCUUCUUCCUCCUUGUCUGCAUCUACAUCAUCUACUCCAACUUCCGCAUCAGCUCCGGGAAAAGCGAUUCGAGCCAGGACUCCAGGUCGCCGCGCUCCCCGCGACGCGCUGUCCGACGGAGCCCGUCUUUUCGCCGGAGCCCCUCCUUCCGGCGACACCGACCCGUUGCUAGGCAGCAAUCCGAGCGCUCCAUCCGCUCCACGGGAACCAACGCCUCCGCGUAGAUUCCCUCCACAAUCUCCGGAUCUUUUUUCCGCGUUCAGUAACCUUUCUUCCGCGCCCCGGUAUUCCGGAGUUCCAUUGAAACCAACGUCUUCGCACGGACUCCAUUUACCAUCUCCGGAUCUUUCCUCAACAUACGGGAGGCCUCUUCCAGACUGUUUGUCGUCUGCUCCGCUGGCACCAACCCCUCCGCGUAGAUGCCCACCACGAUCUUCGGAGCUUUUCUCCGCAUUCAAGAACAUUUUUACCGGGACUCGGUAUUCCGGAGUUCCGCCGGAACCAACGUCUUCGUGCGGACUCCUUUCACAAUCUCCGGAUCUUCCUCGAACAUAUGGUAGCCAUCUUCCUGAAGAUCGCUUGUCAUCUGCUCCAACGCGUCCGCGUAGAUUCCCUACUCGACUUCCGGAUUUUUUCUCCGCGUUUAGGAACCUUUUAUCCAGGACUCGUUAUUCCGGAGACUGUCCGUCGGAACCAACGUCUUUGCGCGAACUCCGUCCACAAUCUCCGGAUCCGUGCUGCACGUCGGAAAAACUUCUUCCGGAAGCCUGCUCUUCGUAUGCUUCAAUGGAGCAAAGGCCUCCCCAAGAGCUGCUACCGCAAUUUUCGGAUGUUCCACCAAUUUCCGCUCACCACAAGAGAUUUUCCCCCGGAAUCUGUCGUUCCGGAAAAUCCGCGUCGUCCACACCGUUGGAACUAGUGGUGUCGCGUAGGCUCCCUCCACAAUCUGAUCCAGAGACUGCGUUAUCCGCUUUUCCGGAACUACUGCCGCCGCGUAUAUUUUCGCAAGGAGCUUCGGAUGUCCCUUCGAUUUCCAUUCACUCCGUAUGCCGGAAUGUAACAUGCCGAGACUGCGCGUGCGCGAUAUGUGCACCGUCAGAACUGACGCCUUUUCGGAGGUACCUUCCUGCUUCAAGUGAUUCGACCGACACCUCGACUUCGAAAAAAUUAACGUCAGCGAUGGCUUUCGGUGUCCUUGCUACGCUGAAAGCUUCAUUUGUAGCAGUCCCUCGUUUUUUCGGACUUGAUAAUUGCGGAGAAAGAGAACCGUUGCUUGCCAAGUCAAAUGUCUGUACCGCUUCAACAGAACCUCGAGUCUCUCUCUCCACCUGUAAUCGAAGCUUUGGAAAUCGCGCCACUGUGUCAAGUCCGUACGAUCAUUUCAAUUCGUUAAAAGCAAUCAUUAACAGUGAAUAUCCGGACCAAGAGGCACAAUUUUCGAACUCAACUUUUGAAUUGGUACCAAGGAUAACAACUUCUUCGAUGGUUAAUGUUUGUCUAAAGAACCCUAGAAUCAAAUUUCUUAUUUCUACUGAUAUCCACAGCUCUAGAGGUUGUGUUGCUGUGCAAGGUCUACAAAAUUCUCCUUCUGUGCCAAAACCAAUGCCGGAGUGUAAAGCUUUUGAUCCAGAGGCAACAUUUUCAACCUCAACCUCCGUGUUAGUUCCGAAAAAAACUGUUCCCGGAAAGGCUGCCACUGACCUACCUAGAUUUUUACCUCCUACACACAGUGCUUCGUUACAGGACAGUUCUCGGUUAGAAUCAGCCACUCAACCAGAGGUGACGAAUCCAUGGGAACUCUUUCCGUAUCAUCCAAAUUCAGAACUUGACCCCUUGAAACCCUCUUGCAACAUUCUCAACCGAGUACCAGCUAAGCAUUCAGCUGGAUGGUUGAUGAACAACGUAUUUGGUUGUUUACUAAUGAAAAUAUGGUCAAUUGUGGUAAAAUUGAUGACAGAGUUUUUAAACAAAAUGUUCACGAGAAGAAAUUAGGGGACUGCUGAAAUUUGAAAUUCCGGGUCCUCGGUCACGUGAAAGUUCUACGAAUAGCGUGACUAGUUUCAGUUACCUAACCCAUCGUUUUGAGAGAUUUUCACUAUACCUUAUCUUCAUCUUCCAAGCUAGUCAACUCCUUCCAAAAAAAA